AUCAGUGAGAGUUCACUGGCCCCUCAGCGUCCGAGGGUAGAACUUUUACAGCACCCCAGUGAGGAUGACCAUCAUCACGAGUCCUCUUUUAGUGACUGUGCUUCCUCCCCUUCCUCUAGCCUGCAAUUUGGGGACUCGGACACUCUAAGCUCAGAGGACGAGGGGGAAGCUGGCACAACAGGGGGCCAACACAAGGCUCCUGCCCUGACAACAGGAGGAGCCACUGGAGUUGGCCUGCGCCCUGUUCUGGGUCGAACUCGGGGGAAUCGCUCUCAUAAGUGGGUGCGGUCUGAGGCUGAGCCAGUGCUGCUGAAGCGGCCGUGUCUGAGCAGCCGGCGGCCUCUGCAUAGGAAACGCUUUGUGAAAACAGCUCCUGGAGGGGGUCAGCGGACUCAGAAGCAAAAGGAGCGCCUACUACUGCAGAGGAAGAAACGUGAAGUUAUUGCACGUAGGAAGUACGCUCUAUUCCAUAGCACCAGUAGUUCCAGCGAAGAGCUGAGUAGUGACUCGUCGUCCCCCUCUUCUACCGAAGCAGAAGAUGAGCUGUAUGUAGAUGUCAGCAGCACCAGCAGCCAACCCAAUAGUGCUACUGUUGCCACAGGUGCUCUGGAUGAGGAUGUGGUGGUGAUUGAGGCAACUCCAGCUCCAGCUCCUCCGGUCCCUGCAAGUGAGGAGAUCAACGUCACCUCAACAGACAGUGAGGUGGAGAUUGUCACAGUCGGAGAUGGUUUCAGGUCACGCUCAGCAGGGGGUCUUAGCAGGAUUUGGGCUAAUAGUUGCUCCCAGAAUCGUCUUCAAGAGCCACGUGGACGUCACAGACUCUCCACCGUCAUCCAACCACUGCGUCAGAAUGCUGGGGAGGUGGUGGACCUCACUGUCGAUGAAGAUGAUCUCUCAGUUGUGCCAACAACCUCUGGCAGCAUUCACCCUCAAACAGUCAGGUCCUCCUCGUCAUCAUCUUCCCAUCAUGCCUCUACCUCAGAGCUCAAUGACGCCCCAGGCCCUUCCACUAGCUGCCCAGGCUCAAUACCUGAAAGUAUGCACACACAGAGGCCAAGUGGCUCUACUCGCACAGCCACAGAGGAUGACAGCAGACCAGGUUUGCCAGGUACAGCAGGAGAAAACGCAGGCACGGCCAUGCCGAGACUCCCAUCCUGCUGUCAGCAGCACUCCCCGUGUGGAGGGCCCUCCCCUGGUCACCUAUCCCUGAGCCACCCCCAUUCGAGCUGCCUGCAGGCAUCGCCCUCUCAGCAGAGCAGUGGCUCUCAACACGGCCACGGCCACAGCCACAGCCACAGCCACAGCAACUCCCACCACUUCAUCCACCACGUCCAUCACCCAGCACCGCAGCCCCCGGGCACCCUGCCCUUUCAAGAGCCGAGCUGCCCUGUGGAGCGACCCAGUGCUCUGCCCGCACCCUGCGCUGUUGUCAGCAGCAGCAGCGGCAACAAUAGUAGUAGCAGCAACACAGGCCACUACCAUGACCAGCAAACUCUGCCAGUGGACCUGAGCAACAGCAGUGUUCGGAGCGGUGGAAACAGCGGGGCUAGUUUCCAUGGCAGCACCUCAGCCUUUGACCCGUGCUGCCCAGGCUCCACUUCACGGCCUCCUGCGUACGUUUCCCAGGCCACCCCUGGGCCCAGUCAGCCAGCUGUGGUCGACUCGUUCAGCUCCUCCAUGGUGGCUCAGCCCCAGCCGCAAACACAGCCACAGCCCUGCAGGCAUUACAUGCACCCCUCCUAUGGCCCUCUAGCACGCUCACUGCAUCAUCAGCCCUCCUCCGCCUGUCCUCAUUCCCAUGGGAACCCCCAACUUACACCUCAGCCCCCUCCACAAGGCGAUUAUGUCAUUCCCCACACUGUCACCUUUCAUCCGCCACUGCCAUCCCACCCUUCAGGCCACGCCGUGCCCCCUGCCCCUCCCCCUCCUCUGUCUACCCACCACCUCUCUAGUUCAAGUGCUCCACUGGCCCAGCACAUGCCUGCGGACCACCAGACCCUGCCACACCAUAUACCGGCACUGGGGGCUUCGGUGCAGAGGCUCCAUCAACACGAGAUGCUGAGGAUGGAGGUCCAGAGGCGCAGGAUGAUGCAACACCCCACACGAGCACACGAGCGUCCGCCUCCACACCCCCACAGAAUGCACCCAAACUACGGCCACGGACACCACAUCCAUGUGCCACAAACUAUGUCUUCCCACCCUCGCCAGCCUGAGCAGAGAACAGCAUGGGAGCUAGGCAUUGAGGCUGGAGUGACUGUGGCACCGUACCCUUCAGGGCUGCACUCCCACCUGCCCCACUACCACCCUCCCCCCAGACUGCACCAUUUCCCCAUCCCCUUCAUGCACGCUGGCAUAUCUGAAGUGACCUACCCACACAUUCGGUACAUCUCAUCUAGAAUGACUGGCUUUGGAAGAACCUAUGAGGACCUGCUGCAUUUAGAGGAAAGAUUGGGGACUGUGAACCGAGGAGCCUCUCAGGGAACCAUAGAGAGGUGCACUUACCCACACAAGUACAAAAAGAAGGUGUUGGAGAGAGACAUUGACCAACAGUUAACCCCUGAAGCUUGGGCAUCUAUUGGGAAAAAUAUGCACGCAACCCCAGAAUCGAGAAAGCUGCAUGGUAAGCAAGACGAAGAUGAGGGGGCAGACGAAGACACAGAAGAAAAAUGCACCAUCUGUCUGUCAAUACUGGAGGAAGGGGAAGACGUUAGACGCCUACCGUGUAUGCACCUCUUCCAUCAGCUGUGUGUGGAUCAGUGGCUCCUCACCAAUAAGAAGUGCCCCAUCUGCAGAGUGGACAUUGAGGCGCAGUUGUCUGCUGAGAGUUGAUGCUGUUUUUCUAACACCCCCCUUUUGUUGAAAAUUUAUUUUGAGAUCAUAUUAAUUUUCUCUUCAGUACCGCAGUCAACCAAAGAUGGCAUGAAUUACCUGCGCCGCUCUACUACGAGAAAAUAAAAAAACAUCUGACAAAAAAGCAUUGAGCCUAGAGUGCCAGCUAUCACAUAUUACUACAACAGCUAGAAUUUUCCAUUAAGGGUUUAAGAUUUUAUUGUAUUUAUAAAGCUUUUAUGUAGCUUUUGAUUGUUUCCUCAAGUGUCAUUUUUGUUUCGUUUCUCUGCAUGUUUCCUUGCAAUGCAUUUCUUUGCACAUAUAACGUGGGCUUAACACGGCCUAACAACUUGCAGGUGAGGAUAGCUGCUCUAGUAAAGAUGCAUUUCUGUAAACCUAAUGCCUUGCUUUACUAGAAUAGAAUGUCAGCCUCCAGUUUAAAAAACAACAUUGCAGGAUUCAUUUUUACCAAUCAUUGUAUUGAUUAGUUUAUGUUUAGAAGAUGUGGAAUUGUUAGUGAAAGAUGUUUUUUAAGUAAAUCGAGACAUUCCUAACUAGGGAAAUAUGUUAACAGAUCAGCUGCUGUAUUAGUGCACACCCAGUAUUUCUAGAGUGGAAAUAAACUCCAAUGUUCACCUCACUCCCAGAAUAUGCACAUGCUUUGCUACGAUGACACUUCCCUCCAGCAACUUCAUUUGACUAAAACACCGUUACCACCGUAAUCUGAUGUAUUUUAGAAAACCAGAAAAAGAAUGUCACCUCCCUCUCUUGACUGUUCUUUCUAAACUGAACGAUUGUUGGGAUCUGCUGUGAAGCUAUUUUAUUUUAUUUUUUUUUUUUCAUUUUGUUGUUGGGGUUCCUCCCGGCAGACGGGCCUGUGAUGGUUAACUAGGUCUCUGUAAGAUGAUCUGAGGUCUACACGUGUGUAAGGAAUUUCACAUGAGCCUACGACCUGGGAUCAUUUUUGUCAAUUUGAUACUGGCAGUGGCGGUUGACUUUAAUUUCCUGUGUGUGUGUGUCUGUGUGUGCGCGCUCGUGUGUGUGUGUGUGUGUGUGUGUGUGUGUUCAGAGGGAAAUACACAGCUCAAUUUGGGAUAAAUAUUUACUGUUUGUUCUCACACUUCCAACCAUUUUAUCCACCCUCCCUUUUGUCUCUCUGUAGUUGAGCAGCAGCGUCCAUUUUGGCUGCUGCAGAAAGAAAAACACUAAUACUGUUGACUAACUCACUCGCAUAGACUUGCACAAGAGAGAAAAAGGUAGGAGAGUAGUAGUGAAUAUGACAGUGCACUGAGGCCAUGUAUUUCCACUCUGAUGAAUAUUAAAAAAGGAGAAAAAAAAAAAGAUAUUUUGAAUGGAGUGUUGAAAUGCAGUACUUAAAGCAGGUAUCCAUGCAUUCAUUGACUUAAAGGCACCAGGAUCAUAUUCUGUGGGAUUUAUAUUAGUUUUAAAAAAUAAUAUUAAUAAACUUGGAUAACUCUUAA